CAGACACGCCCAUCCCCAGCCAGGCUCAGCUCCUGGCAGCCGCUGGCUGAGCUGGGCCGCCAGUCCCAUUCAGGGAGGUCAGGGAGAGCCGAGUUGUGGGCCCACCCCAGCAGCUCGUUCCCCGGUGGUGCGGGGAGGGGCAGGGGCCGGGGCUGGGACGCGAAUCUCCCAGUUUCUAGCGCCCCUCCUGCCCCCGCUCCUCCCCAGGCUGGAGUGCAGCUCGCAGGCCCCAGGGGCCAAAGGUCAGUGACUCUGCACACAGUCAGGACUCCCUGGCCGGGGCUCCGGAGUGGGCACUGUGCCGGCAGUGGCCGUCUGGGCUUGCUGCUGUCAAACCUGUCUGGCAGCCCCGCGCCGGCUCCUCCUCGCCCCAGCGCCGGGCUCGGGCUCUUCCGCUCCGCCGAGCCACGUUUCCAGAGUCCCGUCGUGCCCCCCACAUCCCUGCGUCCCUGGGCCUGGGGGAGAGCAGCCCCGAGGCCCCCUGCCCUUGGAGACGGAGCCAUGAGCCUGCUGGGCCAGGGAAGGCAGAACCGAGUGGCCCUGGGCCUCUGCACCUGCACCGAGCCCCGCCACGAAAUGGGGUAGACCCGAGUGCCAUGGGGAGCCUCUCUAGAGAGCCGGCUGCUCACUGCUUAGCAAACAAGAUGGGAGAAGAGCCCACCUUGGCUUAACUGGACCUUUCAAAGCAAAGUCAGGUGCGUUGGCAACCCCGGUGCGUGGUUCCUGGUGGACGGUGACAUGGAUCCAGACGGCCCUUCCAGCCACACGGAGCCCAUGGACCUCCUGGCUCCUUAUGCCGCAGAAGUUCCAGGAUGUAGGCCUGGAGAAAGCCUCUUUAGGAUUCAAGAUGCGAUUGUGUUCUCCGAUAAUUACACAGACCCGGGCAGUGCCUUGUAUGCCCAGUCCCCCUCGGGCCCAGAGGGCCACGGUGUUGGCAGCUGCUCCUUGGAAGUCGCUGCUGGGGACUGCGAGACGUCUCCGGAAGAAUUUGCUGGCCUGGGGGGUGGAGAGAUGCUGUGCGCCGUGGGGAACGCACUUGGUUCAGAGAUCCCUGCAGUGGAAUCUCCACCCCCUCCAGCGGAGAACCCGAAUGCUCAGGACGAGGGGAAGAAUGACGCUGCCCAAGCACUGUUCUGGUCCGGGAUCCUCCAAGCUCAGCUGUGCGUGCUGGACCUGCAAGGGGAGCUGGAGAAGCAAGAAGAGCCUGUCGCUGAGCUAAGCAGCUGGUCCCGGGGCCCUGAAGACGCACUGAGCCGCGCCCCGGCUGCACAGGGCUUGCCCAUCUCCUGGGAGCCGCUGGACGAAAGAGCCACCGCGGCCAGCGACAGCGAUGACGGGCAAGAGGCCGGCCCAGGGAGGCAGGAGGAGGAGAACUGGUCGUCCGAGGGGGAGGAGGAGGAAGAGCAGUGCCUCUUCUACAACAACCCGCUCUUCCAGGAGAGCCCGGGUCCCGCAGGGCCCAGCCCCUCUGACGGCCCUGCCUUUUGGAGCGCCGCCGAGGGGGACCGCGCUGGUUCCAGCGAUGAGGCCGAUGGGGCUCCCCAGGGCGAGCCGGUGUCAGGUGGCCAGCGGGAGGAAGAGCUCUCGUGCCCCUUCGCUGAGGCGACCGAACCGGGAGCCGAGGAUGAGAUGCCGUGCGAUUUCCCCACCUACACGAUGCACUGCAGCACCUGGGCCCCCUUGGUGAUCACGGAAAGGGACAUCGACAGGGCCUGUUCAAUGGCUGAGGACCCGGAGGCCCUGGGCUGCCCCCCCGACCAGCUGGCGGAUGGAGCCGUCUGCCACGCCCCGGUUGUCCUGUGCAGCGCGGAGUCGGGUCUCAGUGGUGCUCUGGACCAGGGGGAGGGCUUGCUGUUUUCGGCUUCCAGCACCUCCAUGGUAUCGACCCUGCUGCACACCGAAGACUGGGACCACCCCAGCCCCUGCGAGCUCUGGCCUCCGAGUCCCUCUCCGGGCGGAGACAGCUGGAGCCCCCAGGCCUCCCCGCAGCACACCGCGGAACCAGCUCAGCACGAGGAGGCGGAUUUGGAGCUGCCAGCUCCUGACCAUGACAGCCUGGCGCCCCCCUGCCUGGUGGCAAAGGCGUCCCGGAGCACUUCCUGCCCGCGAGGGGAAGUCACUGUGGCCGAGUCCCCGGCUGAGUCGCUCGACACAGCGGAGGGGAAGCCGGGCAGCGCGGCGCAGGGGCAGGAGAUGGAGGAACUACCCCCCACGCCUGGAGAUGAGCCUGUGCUGGGGGAGGAAGGCAGGCUGGAGCCCACCCCGGGGUGUCCCAGGCAGGAGGACGCAGGGGAGAAGCCAGGAGAUCUGGAAGUGCCGCAGCCCGACGGGGCCCUGCUUGCCAACGGGGCCUCCGGGGACCAGGGGGCUGCUCAGCGGCUGGCAGCGCGGCUCUACCACCUGGACGGCUUCAAGAGGUCGCAGGUGGCCUCCUACCUCAGGAAGAACAACGAGUUCAGCCGGCAGGUGGCGGAGGAGUACCUCACCUUCUUCCAGUUCAGCGGGCAGACUCUGGACCGUGCGCUUAGGUUCUUCCUCAAGGCCUUCGUGCUGACUGGAGAGACGCAGGAGCGGGAGCGGAUCCUCGGACACUUCUCUAAGCGCUACCAUCUCAGCAACCCUGACGCCUUCCCCUCGGCAGAUGCUGUGCACACCCUGACCUGCGCCCUCAUGCUGCUCAACACGGACCUGCACGGGCAGAACAUCGGCCGCAGCAUGACCUGCCACGAGUUUGUAACCAACCUGGACGGCAUGAGAGAUGGGCAGAACUUCCCCAAAGAUCAGCUCAAGGCCCUGUACUACUCCAUCCGCAACGAGAAGCUGGAGUGGGCCAUGGACGAGGAGGAGCUGGUCAGCACCCUGACGCCCCGGCCACCCAGCACCCCGUCCAGCCGGAAGAAAAGUAACCCCUUCCUGACGCUGACCCAGGACGCCAAGGCCACCACAUACAAGGAGGGGCAGCUCGCCCGCAAGGUGCACGCCGAAGCCGAUGGCAAGAAGACACCCUGGGGGAAGCGAGGCUGGAAAACCUUCUACACAGUGCUCAAGGGGAUGGUGCUCUACUUCCUCAAGGAUGAGACCCGGGCGGAGGUGCCAGGCAUGGAGGAGCCGAUCGGGGUUCACCAUGCGCUGGCCGAGAGAGCCUGCAAGUACAACAAGCGCCCGCACGUCUUCCGCCUCCAGACGGCCGACUGGCGUGUCUUCCUCUUCCAGGCGCUAAGCGCCGAGGAGAUGAGCUCCUGGAUCUCCCGCAUCAACCUGGUGGCCGCCAUGUUCUCGUCCCCACCCUUCCCAGCGGCCGUGGGCUCCCAGCGCAAGUUCAUCCGGCCCAUCCUGCCCACGGCACAGUGCCGCAGCUCCCUGGAGGAGCAGCACCAGGCCCACGAGGCGUGCAUGGACAAGUUCUCGGAUGAGCUGGGCGAGCACCAGCGGAACCUGCCAGACAAGCGGGGCCGGGGUCGCGACCUGGAGGAGUAUCGGCUCAAGAAGGAGUAUCUGCUCUAUGAGAAGCGCCGCUACGAGACCUACGUGAAGCUGCUGGAGGCGCGGCUGUGCGGGGGCUCCGAGGCGCUGGAGCAGUGGGAGGCACGGCUCGGGGGCACCGACUCAGCCGAUGAGGGGCCCGGCCUCACCAAGUCGCACUCCAGCCCCUCGCUCAACCUGGACCUGCCGCCCGCCGGCGUGAAGGUCAAACGCAACAUCUCCGAGCGCAGGACGGUCCGCAAGAUCAUCCCCAAGCGCAACAAGCAGCUGCUGUGACCCCCCCUCCCCGCGGGGCGCCCAGGGAUGCCCCCCGGGCACUCGCCCCAGCACAAGGUACGAGCCAUCGCCCAGACUGGAACCUGAGGCUCAUGCACGACGGCACCGACAGCACGGAGCCCCCAGGUGGCGCCAGCGUCUCAGCAAUGGGGGGGCGAUGGAGGCACCAGGAGUGGGUGCCCCCCCCCAGGGGGUCCCAGCCCAGGACUCUGAGCCCUCCCUGCACUUGGAAUGGGAGGGGCACCGGGCCCUGCCCAUGUGUCCCCCCCAGGAGGCAGCGCUGCCUUGAUGGACCUGGGCUGGGCUGGGGGACACCUGACGCAGGACGGUACAUCCUGCCGGCUGAGCUGGGCUCUGGGCCCACCCAGGGCGCCGCACCCCCCCACCGGCUCCUGAUUCCUGUUCUCAGAGACUGGAAGCCGCCAGAGCAAUAAACCAGAGCGAGCCAUGGAA